AUGGCCUCCCAAAAGCGCAUCUUCAUGACCGGAGCAAGCGGCCACAUCGGCUCCGAGAUCAUCCGCCUAGCCCUCGCAGACGGCCACUCCAUCCGCGCCCUCUCCCGCACCCCCGAAAGCGACACCAAACUCCGCUCCCUCGGCGCCGUCCCCGUCCGCGGCGACCUCACCUCCCUCGCCGCCCUGCGCACCGAGUCCGCCGCCGCCGACGUCGUCCUCCACCUCGCCACAGCCUACGUCUUCGGCGGCGCCCCCUACGAGUCCAUCCGGCACAUCGACUUCGCCGCCGUCGACGCCAUCGCAGACGGCCUGGCUGGCACCGACAAGCCGCUGGUCGCCACCUCCGGCACCCUCAUCGUCGCCGCCGACCCCGCGGGCGCGGAGACGGACGAGACGUCGCCGAUCGGGUCCAACGAGCUGCACACGCGCAUGCUGACCGAGACGCACUCUCUCAGCCUGAGGAACAGGGGAAUCCGCGUGACAGCGGUCCGCCUAGCGCCAUUUGUCCACGGCCACGGCCGCAGCGGUGUGGCGCAGCUCAUGGACAUCGGCGCCAAGGCGGGCUGCGUCACCGUCAUCGACGGGGGCGGGAACCGCACCACCGCGGUGCACGUCGACGACGCCGCGCGGCUAUACCUUCUUGCGGCAGAGAAGGGCAAGGUCGGAGAGGUUUAUAUCGCGAGUGCGUCUACCGAGGUGACUCUGAGGGAGAUGUCGGAGGCCAUGGCGGAGGCUGUGGGCGUUCCUGUGAGAGACAUACCGAAGGAACAGGCGGAGAAGGAGUUCAGGCCCAUGAUGACUUUCUUCUUGUCUGUCGAGAACCGUGCUUCCGGGGUGAAGGCGAGGAAGGAGCUGGGAUGGGAACCGAAGGGCAUGGGCGUUCUUGAGGACAUUCGGCAGGGGUCUUACCAAGCUGUUGCCAAGGCCCUGAGGAAGUGA